AGAGAACGACUUGUUUUUAAACCGAGGAGCCAGAGCUGACCUUUUGCCCGGAUGGAAGCUGUCCCGUCUGGCUCUCAGACCCCUUGGCAGCCCCUCAGGAGGAGGGGGGCCGCUGUGCCCCUGAGACCGCUGCUGGAGGAGAGCCGGGGCAGGACCAUCACUCCAGACUCAAAAAUCGAUUCCACCCCGAUCCAAGCAGAACCUUCAGAACUUCACUUCAGUGGGUUCCAACUUGGGAAAAGUUCCGUAAAGAUCCUGAAACUGAUCAACAUCUCAGCUAAAGUUAUGAAUAUUCAUGUCAUUCCAACCCAGACGACUUACUUCCAGACAACUUACACCAAAAAGUGUCAACUCCUCCCGGGCCUCGCCUACACCCUGAAGGUGGAGUUCUGUCCAGACGAGUGGCGCUACUUCUACGACUGUGUUCACGUUCGCUUCAAGGACAAAGAGAACCUGGUAAUUCCAGUUCAUGCCUACCCCGUCAUCGAUGACCUGCACAUCCCUCCUUGUGUUGACCUACAGGCCGUACCACUUGGACAGAGCGUCUGUCACGCUAUUCCUCUGAGAUGCAGCUGUCCAGUUGACUUUGAGUUCCAGGUGUUUGUUAUUCAGCAGCAUGAGGCCUUCUCUGUCCAACCGCUCACAGGUGUGAUACCGGCCAAUGGUGAAACAAGGAUCACCGUGACCUUCAGCCCCCAGCAGUAUGAGACUUCUCAGUUCACUUUCCAGCUGGUCAUUUCACAGUUCAACACUAAGCCGUAUCUGUGUACCAUCAUCGGGAGUUCGGCGCCUCACUUAGCCCUCAGCAGACAACUGGAAGAGAACAGAGGCGCGGUACCUAAAGAACUCAAAGUUCCUCCCCAUGGCUCCAAACUACCUCCUCGACGUGACGCCAAAAACAGUUCAACCAAAGAGUCAGACAAACUAAAGAGAGAUCACGAUGAUGCUAACCACAAACUACCACCUUCAGUGGACGUCUGCACCCCUGCAGGGGUGGCAAAGAUGCUUAUUAAAGACAUCAAUAAACUCACUCUAAAAGACCUAAAGCAAGCCUCCCCGUGUGGCGGUACACCUGGGAAUGAAAGCGGGAAGAUGAAAGAGGCUCUCUUUCUGAAAAAGGUUCAACAAACUGAAAAGGAGGAACAAGCCAAUCACCUCACAUUCAGAGAGCAAGUCCAUCUGGGUUCUGAUCCCAUUACUGAGGAAGCCCAGCAGCAGAUAUUGAAGGAAAGAGAGAUGGAUCAGAAGGAAAACAUGGAAGAAGUUUGUGCUGCUGGAGAAACAAAACUUUCAUCUACUCAGGAGAGUUUGAAUGCAGGACAGGUUCCAGAGGAAACCCCGUCCUUCCAGUGUUACCCCACUCUAAAUCUAGACCUGAGACUACGAGCCCUCAGGCGGUUUCAGCAAGCCUCUCGUAAGGUACGCAGGAAAAUACAAGAUCGUUUAGCUGGAUGGAAGCGAUGUUCUUGUUGACGUUUAAAAGUGGUUGUUAGAUGAUCAGGUUGUGAUCCAGUGCCGAAUAAACCGAAGACUGGCCUCUCAGAAGAAGCUGGUAGAGAGUAUAAAGAACCCUGCCUCAGUCGACAAAGGUUUAAUUAUCCUGCAAUCUUCCCCUUCAGAAAUAAUCUAAUUAUGUUAGCUUGAACGCUAAUGGAACAGAAAUCUAAUUAAAAUUCUUUCAUGGCAUCAUGAGGUUCUUAAAACAUGUUUUGCUUGAUGGAUUAGGGUUUACACAGGUGCUGGAAAUUACUGAUUGAAUUUUAUUAAAGCAUUAUUUUAGGUUUUAAAAUGUUGACCCAUCUGAAAAGCAUGAGAAACCUCAAAAUAAAAAAAAAACAUAUACCAGCGCACCUUUGUCUCGCUACUUUCUGGGUGUUUCUCAAAGUCAAGGCGCCUGGCCUCGAAAAUCGAUGUCUUGCGAGGCCAGGCGCCUUGCAUACGAGGACACGGUCCCUCCUUGGUCAAAGAAAACAGUAAAUGGAACAGACUUGCUUCACAUGACCGCGACUUCCAUGGCAGUCACAUGACCAUAGUCUACUGCCUUGGAUAUAAAAAACAUUUUAGAUAUCAGCCUGAUCGCUACAAUUAGUUGACUUACAAUUAAACUGGAAAUUUGCCCCUGAAGUAGCUGCCGGCUCCUGAACCGCCAUCCUUUUGAAAAUACCAUGCUUUAUUCUGGAACUUUUUUGACCAAGGCUAGGCUAAAAGACACCUUCCGUGUAUCCUUGCUCAGCUAGCUAAACGGCUAACAAAUGAAGAACAGACGCCUCGGUAGAACAUGAACAUUGGAACACGUCUUGGCAGUUCCUGAUGACGUAUCUCCAAGCCAACCGGAGUGGGGCCAAGACAUCAAGGCGAGGCUUCUUAACAUUGAGAAAGACUCUUUGACUGGCUAGUUCUCAAGUCAUUGACUUUGUACACCUGCUGUUAAAGAGCAAGUCACCCCCUACCAGAGUAUUACUCCACUCCCACUUCAUGUUUGAAAAAUGCAACAAAUGCUGUUGCGUAGCAGACCGAGAGGGCGGAGCCGCUAAAGUCCUAGGGUGCCUCAUAGCCAAUAGCGAUGGCAGAUUUAAAUUCAAAUGCAGUGCAGAGUUUUUACCUGACAACGGCACAACCCUGACAGUUUUAGGCAGAAAAGAUACAUUUUAACAUUGGGACGACGGUGGCACAUGAGUUAAGUGCUCGCCCCGGAAUCGGAAGGUUGCAGGUUCGAGCCCCGCUCAGUCUGUCGCUGUCGUUGUGUCCUUGGGCAAGACACUUAACCCACGUUGCCUGCUGGUGGUGGUCGGAGGGAUCGGUGGCGCCAGUGCUCGGCAGCCUCGCCUCUGUCAGUGCGCCCCAGGGCAGCUGUGGCUACAUCGUAGCUCAUCCCCACCAGUGUGUGAAUGUGUGUGUGAAUCAAGCCCCCACAAUGCCGCUCAGAAAAUGGUCCCAACCCGGAAGUAAGAAAAAUUGCAGUUCCACCCUCAUCCGCUGGGGGCUGGUACCAGAAGCGAGCAAAUCCUCAUUGACUCCCAUGUUAAAAAUGCCAUUUUCACAGCAGAAAUAAACAUGUUUACAGCCUGGUUCAAAAAAUGGUUUUUUGUCUAAAUUAUCUAGUUUAUACUCAUGACAACUCUGAGGGGGGUGAAUUUUUUUCUCACUCUUCUGUUUAAGUGUAUUGAAAGCCUAAAAUUCUGUAUAAUUAAUGAGCAUCCGACACACGUGACCGCCGCCUCAGACCCACGUGACCACAGAGCUAGCUCCGUGGAAAGGCCUCAGUACAGCCUCGGUCUCUCCUGGAAACUGUGUCGGGAUUUUGAGUCUCUGUGCUUGUGAAUUCUGUUUUGGAUAAUAUUGGUGCAAUUGUUGGACAAAAUGACUUGCUGUGGUAUUAAUUGCACUAAUAGAGCGUCCAAGGAGUCUCCACUUCAUUUUUUUCGGGAAGGACCUGAUUGGUGUCCAGAACCUGCUGAAGAAGCACCAGGCUCUGCAGGCUGAGAUCACAGGUCAUGAACCUCGCAUCAAGGCUGUCACCCAGAAAGGAGAGACCAUAAUGGAGGAAGGUAGAGCAGGUCUGGUCCUGACAUGUUUCUGAGGUGUCUGCAGGUUCUGGCUCACUUUGUUUGGGUCCAGGUCACUUCGCUGGUUCAGAACCCUCGGCCCGUCAGAACAUUCUUAUCCACCACGUUCUAACACCAGACCUGUUAACCCAACAGCAACAAGUGGCUCCAACUGACGAUGAGACCGGGAAGGAGCUGGUUCUGGCUCUGUACGACUACCAGGAGAAGAGUCCUGGAGAGGUCACCAUGAAGAAGGGCGACAUCCUCACGCUGCUCAACAGCACCAACAAGGUUGUUUUACUUGAACUCGCGUCUUUAGCUGAAUGAGGAUGGAGAGACGGGUCGGACCUGGAGCAGGUCGAGGUCUUGCAGAAGAAGUUUGACGACUUCCAGAAGGACCUGAAGGCCAACGAGUCCCGCCUGAGGGACAUCAACAAGGUGGCAUCUGAACUGGAGUCAGAAGGUCUGAUGGCUGAGGAGGCUCCUAUGGUUCAGGCUCAGCAACAAGAACAUCUGGGUUCUGCUCCUGGAAAGGAUGAAGCCGACUCUAACCCCGGCUUUCCACAGGAGUCGUCAGCAGCACGUUACUGCAGCAGCACGUCAUAGCUGCUGAUAGGAACCGCUGUGGUCAACAGAACCUUUUCCACCGGAGCCGUCAGCAGCGCGAGUCGGCCACGUCUCAGGAGCAGCAUGUCGCGGCCCUUACGCGCCGGUUCUAUUUUCUACGCGCGACGCCUCUGAAACGGGUCAAGUUCGACAUUUUUGGGGAAGGAAAGACAGGAAAUCGGACGCGGAAAUGGAGAGAAGCUACCGAGAUUUUCAGAAUAAAGAACGUACUGCCUUCCGGUUGCUUUACUUUUAAAAAAGGUUACUAACUGUGCGUCCCCGUGAGAAGUUAUCACCUAGCUAGCGGUCUCCUUUGUUUUUCAGGUCCGUAUUGGCGAUUAUAAAACGGACAGAACAUAAAACACAAACCAUGUUGUAGUUUUCUCCUGCUUGUUGUUGUGUUUACUGACGAAGUCACUCGUGUGACUUCGUGCCCUGUCGGUGACAGCUGCUCCCCUGCUGCUUCGCGUCUCGUGGGAAGGGCCAAGCAGCAGCUUACGCGAGCAAGACGUGCUGCUGCAGUAACGUGCUGCUGACGGCUCCCGUGGAAACCCGGGGUAACACGGCGUCACCCUAGAAGGUGAGUUCAUUCAGCUGAUCAGAGGUCACCUCUGAUGGCCGCAGUCACGGCCGACCGUGCUGAAAUCACACAGGAAUUCAGGUGACCCGGCAGGCACCAGGUGCUGGUGAAAGUGGGGACAUGUCAGCUGGUUGCCAUGGCUACAGUUAUCUUUAUGCAUCUGUAUGACUGCUGACUGGUGUGUGUUUCCUGUGACCUUUGACCUCAGACCGUACGGUUGGGCGUUCAGACGACGGCUAACUUUAAUUCCAUCAAGGUAAGAGGAAGCUCUUCCCUUCCUGUCUGAGCGAUCCGUCUCCAGGUUUCCUCGUCCGGCGUCCAGCCCGCUGGCGUCCACCUUCAUCUCACUGGGUUUGGUUUCUCUCCAGGAGCUGAACAACCGCUGGCGCUCGCUGCAACAGCUGGCUGAAGACCGGAGCAACAUGCUGGGCAGCGCCCAUGAGGUGUAGCGCUUCCACAGAGAUGCUGAUGAGACCAAAGAGUGGAUCGAGGAGAAGAACCAGGCCCUGAACACAGACAACUACGGCCACCACCUGGCCAGUGUUCAGGCUCUGCAGCGUGAACAUGAAGGCUUUGAGCGUGACCUGGCAGCUCUGGGUGAUAAGGUCCGCUUUCCUGAUCGGUACCAGGACCCGGGUUGUCUCUGGAGACACGUUCUUCAUGGUUCUGGUGACUCCACCCCAGCCGUUCCUGAUCAGCGAUCAGCGGGGUGCUUUCCUAUUUAUGGUGGAUGGAGGACACAAUUUGACGCCAGAAGAUUGCCUCAGUUUUGGAUUCCUGUCGACCUCAUUGGAUACUGACCUCUACUCCAGGAUUUGGAUAUUCAGCACACGGACCUUAUCACCAGCCUCCAUAACCCACCUCUCAUCUCACCCAGUGCCCCAUCCACCAGGACGCCCCGCUUCUCUCCACCUCUGCUCCCUCUCCUGCGCUUCCCCCGGCUCUCUACCUCUCUCUCCUCCAGCCAACACAUACACCCACCACAAUGCUGAGCUGUUGUUGCAGUUCCAACCACAGACUUAUCUGUGCACCUUAAGUUCCUCCUUAUAAAUAAAUCAUUUUUUCCAUCAGUUUUUGGUCAGUGUUGUAUUCUGCAUGUCUUGGGUUAAGUACCUUCCUCCAAACAUGACACUCCUCCUCAAAGAGCAAAUCUGUUCAGCACAUUCUGACAGACAGACCACCAUUCUUCUGUCAUGAUGCUGUACAGGACAUUUUUAGAGUUUUUCUUUUUAAAGAUAAAUAGGAUUACAUUUAAAUAGCAAUACUUUCACAUUAUCAUUUUCCCACACUUCUGUAUAACUGUAUUUUGUUGUUUUUCAAUAAAGAAUGACAAAAUA